AGGGCAGAGCGGUGAGGGACCGGGAGAGGGCACCGCGGCUGAGGGACCGGACCGGACCGUGCCGAGCCGAGCGGUGCUUCCUGGUUGAACGUCUCCCCGCUCCGGCGCCGCCCCGCGCGUUAAGGGGUCAGGGGGUCUGUGCCGCGGCCCCCUCGGGGCUCUCGGCUCACUCCCGUGCCCUGCCCGCCGUCCCGGGAGGAGUUGGGGGUUUCCCUCUCAGCUCUUGCGGUACUUCGCCUCGCUCCAUGUGUCGGAGAGAAAGUAACACCCGUGUGGUGGUUCAGCCCCAGCCGGCAACUCGUGGGCACACAGCCCUCCCCAGCAGCCGAGUAGGGGAGAGAAUCGGGAGGGUAAAAAUACAGCUAAAAACUGAAGCUGUAACAUACCCAUGAGUGAGCAGCACUAGUCGUGUAUAUCAAUGGCCUCUGUGCCAGUAAUUCCAGAUUCUUACAAUCAUGUGUUGGCAGAGUUGGAAUGUUUGGAUCCAUUGCUUUCUGCACUCAGGCUGGAUUCCAGUCGUCUGAAGUGCACGUGUAUAGAUGUGUCAAAGAGAUGGCUGGCUCUGGGCAGUUCAGGAGGAGGACUGAACCUUAUCCAGAAAGACGGUUGGAAGCAAAGACUCUUUCUCACUCAUAAGGAAGGUGCCAUUUCCCGGGUGGCCUGUUGUUUGCAUGAUGAAGACUAUGUUGCUGUUGCCACCAGCCAAGGCCUUGUAGUAGUCUGGGAGCUGAAUCAGGAACGUCGUGGGAAGCCAGAACGGAUUUAUGUUUCCUCUGAGCAUAAGGGCAGAAAAGUCACAGCUCUCUGUUGGGAUACUGCUACCCUUCGAGUUUUUGUAGGAGAUCAUGUGGGAAAAGUAUCAGCCAUCAAGAUUAACACAUCCAAGCAAGGGAAGGCUGCUGCUACUUUUGUCAUGUUUCCUGUUCAGAUUAUAACAACUGUAGAUUCUCGGGUUGUUCAGCUUGAUUACUUGGAUGGAAGGCUGCUCAUAUCUUCACUUACUCGCACUUAUUUGUGUGAUACUGAGAGAGAGAAGUUUUGGAAAAUUGGUAAUAAAGAGAGAGAUGGAGAAUUUGGAGCAUGUUUCUUCCCUGUUGGAAAAAACAGUGGGAAUCAGCAGCCAUUAAUAUACUGUGCUCGACCUGGCUCAAGGAUGUGGGAGGUGAACUUUGAUGGGGAAGUGCAAAGCACACAUCAGUUCAAGCAGCUGCUCUCAUCACCACCUCUUCCAGUUGUUACUCUCAGGCAGGAUCCUCAUUACACUGGUUCCAGCUGCUCUCCACAAUCUUUGUCUUUCCCCAAGCUACUGUAUUUGACUGAGCACUGUGUGGUGACCUGGACAGAAAGAGGCAUUUAUAUUUUCCUUCCCCAAAGCGUUCAAGUCUUACUCUGGAGCGAAGUGAAAGAUAUUCAGGAUAUUGCAGUUUACAAGAGCGAGUUGUUCUGUCUGCAUACAAAUGGAAAAGUUGUGCACCUGUCCCUUCUCCUGGUUGACCGCUGCGUAGAGCGUCUGAUGAGAAGAGGGUUCUGGACCCUUGCUGCCAGGGUCUCUUGUCUCUUCCAAAAUUCAAUUAUUUCUUGCAGAGCAAGAAAAAAUUUGCCUCUAGACAAGCUAGAGCACUUGAAGUCUCAGCUGGAUGCCUCAACCCAACAAGAUCUCACUAUGCAACUGGAAGAACUGAUUUCCAAGUUGGAACCCCUAGAUUCUGCGUGCAGCAGUAGAAGGAGCAGUAUUUCAUCUCAUGAAAGCUUCAGUGUUUUGGAUUCUGGAAUAUACCGUGUUAUCAGUCAGAGAGGCAGUCAGUCAGAUGAAGAUUCAUGUUCUCUCCACAGUCAAACGUUCUCAGAAGAUGAGAGACUUAAAGAAUUUCCCGCACACCAGGAAGAUGAGCAAGUAGACCUUGACAGCGUAUCUCAUGCAUCAGUGGUGGUUGAGGCUGACCGGAAUGAGACAUUUCUCCCAUUCAAUAUUCCUUUGUCAUUUCGUUCCCCAUCUCCUCUCGUCCAAGCUGUCAAAGAAAGCGUUUCCAGCUUUGUACGCAAAACUACAGAGAAGAUUGGCACACUUCAUAUAAGUCCUGAUACUAGAGGGAGGCAAGAAGCCAAGGAUGAUGAGCAGCUGCCAGAGCUGACUGCUAGUCUGGUACCAUCUCCCCAGGAAGAGAAAGAGUUAGAACCGCAGAGCUGCCAGCUUCCUGAGGAGGACCGUCUCCGAGAUCUCAAGGCUGCAACAGCAGAAGCUUUAGCCAAACUCCAGGAUCCCCAGGUUUUAUUAGAACCUCAGUGUAUGAGAAGGGUUUUACAGGAAUGGCUUGUCUAUCUGGAAGAAAAAUUCAGCAGCAAAGACCAUUCUGCUUUGUCUUCCAAGAAAAGCAAGGCUGUGUGUGCUGAAGAACAGAGGGCAGGCAUGGAGGAAAACCUGCGACUGGCUCCAGCUGACGGAGACCCAGGGGACAAGGAACAGAGUAGUAUUUUGGAAGGCUGCACUGAAAAGGAAAAUACUGAUGAAGCUUGUGUAAGCAAAACCAUGUGUGAAAAUGGUGCUGAUUUGAGGGGACUUUUGGACGGCGGCUUUCAAGUGUCUCCCCCGUGUGUCCUAGAAACGGAUGUUCGGAAAGAUCUCGUGGACUUGACAACGCUGUGUUUUGAGCUGCGCGUCUUUCCUUGUGCAAGUGGUGAUGCUGAGGAGGGCUCUGAUGGAAGUCUGCCUCGGGCAGCUCCGUGGACCUUGGCUUGUAGGUUUAUGCAAAGAUACUUCUUUCUUUUGGAUUUAAAAAGAGUCAAGCAGUGUAUUAUAACCACAUAUGCAGCCAGUCCUAAUGUAUGGGAAACGUACAUCGCAGGAUUGAAAGAACUAACUUGUCACAGUCCAGUGGCUUUAGCAAUGGAGGGUGAAGAUAUGUUGAAAAUACUGAAGCUGCUGCAUGACCUGGGGCCGUGGGAUGACAGCCCACUGUUACUGGUACAUGCUCAAAGGCUUUAUGAAAAAUUUGGGGAAACAGCUCUUCGGCCCUUGAUCAAAUUCUACCCCUUUAUUUUGCCUUCUGAUAUUAAACAGCUUUGCAGGAAUGAUCCAGCUCACUUCUUAGCAUAUUUAGAUAGUCUGGUGAAAUCAAAACCAGAGGAUAAAAGGUCAUCUCUCCUUCGAUCUCUUCUGCAGCCCGAAUCUCUACGGUUGGAUUGGCUGUGCUUGGCAGUUUCUCAUGAUGCUCCACAAAGAGCAAAUACUGUGGAUGCAGAAGGAAAUCCCAGGCCACGAUCACAUUUGUUUACUUGGGGCUACAGCCAGCUCAUUCUGCUUUUGAUUAAACUCCCAGCUGAUUUUGCUACAAAAGAGAAGAUGGCUCACAUCUGUAAAUCACAUGGAUUUUGGCCUGGAUAUCUUUUUCUCUGUCUGGAGCUGGAUAGAAGAAUAGAAGCCUUUACUAAUAUUGCUCAUUUGGAUGAUUUGAGCCUGUUGAAUGGAGAAGAUGGUUGCAUUCCAGAGACCAUAGAAGAGUGGAAGUUUCUUCUGCAUCUUGCACAAAACCACAGCACAGCCUUGCACCACCACGGCCAACAGAACGGGAAUGCCGUCAGCAAUGGUGGCCCGAGCUGCCCAGACUGCAUCACUGUGGAAAAUGUGGCUCUGUUGCUGGCCAGGGCCAUCGGCCCCAAUCGUGCCUUGCCUCUCUUGCAGGAGUGUGGCUUGACAGCAGAAUUGUCUGAGAGGUUUACCGGUGUCUGUGAGAUACUGAGAAUUGCUGAGAAGAGGCAGAGAGCGCUGAUUCAGUCAAUGUUGGAAAGGUGUGACCGGUUUUUGUGGUCUCAGCAAGCAUAGAAAACAACUUUGGAAAACUCUGGGAACAUUUUUUUAAUGUAACGAUUGUAAAUUAAAGUGCCUCUUAAACUUCACAGGCCCUUAAAGAAACGAACUCCUGUCUAAAAGUUCAGUUAUACUGAGCCAGUCUCCAUCUGGCAGGUAUCUGAACAGGAACUGGUGACAGUUCUUCCUUAUUCCUUUGGAGAUGAGUUUUGAACUCUAGAACUUAAGUUAAAACAAUCCAGUAUUUAUCUUGAAAUUAGGCACACAGAUUUCCAAGAUGAAAAUUCCUGAAUUUAUUUUCUGAGUCUGUGACUUAAGUGUUUAGGGAUACGAGCCCCUAAGUAUUAAAUUAUGGUAUAUAAA